AUGGAGGAACCUGCAGAGCCGGUAGUACAGCGACCAACGUAUCCCACACCACGAUCAAUACUUCGUCGGGCUGAAACCGUCGAUAUCGACAGGGAUCGAACGUUGAUAUCGACCUUAGAGACUCGACCGAGGACGGGGAUGACUAACGCAGCUCAGAUCGAGGGAACGUUUCCCAAUCCAGAGGAGAGUCACCCAUCUACACCACCGACAAACUCCAACGCCGGUCGGUAUCGGAGCGGCGAUGCUGGGGGCGGCAGGAUAAAUCUCGGCGUAAAAUCCCCGAUCUUCCCGACUGAGGGCGUCGAACUACGUGACCCGUCGGCGGAAAGAGCAACAGCGACCACCCCACAGAAUGCCGAGGCUGAGGAUGAGAUAUCUUACCAUGAGAGUGGUGAUCUCUCAGCUGAAGAUCUCGAAGGAAACCUAGCCGUCCUUCCCAAAACUCCGAUCUCGACGACCGCGAAGGUCAGCAUCGAGGAUCUGCAGGGGGAAGAUUCCGGAUCGGCCACACGCGAGGAGAUCGAGAAGCUCCGACAGAUCAUUUGGAAGAAGCAACACCUCCUGAUUGACAAAGGAAAUGCCCUACCUCUGGCGGCCUGGUGCGUUGGUCUCCUGGCAGCCGAGAUCAUCCGACCCUCGACAUCACCAUGGGCCUCACCGAUCGUGAUCGUUCAGAAGAGUAACGGUGUGGAUAUCAGAUUGUGCAUCGAUUACAAGCUGGUAAACAGCCUCACGAGGCUGAUGGUCUACCCUAUGCCCCUGAUCAGCGAUCUACUGGAGGAUCUGGACAAAGCACUAUGGUACUGCUCGUUAGACAUGGCCAGCGGUUUCUGGAUCGUGCCCAUGACGGAUCGAGCUCGCGAGAUCUCAUCAUUUAUGCAAUCGUUCCUGGGU